AUGGUCUCAGGUUCGAACCCUGGGUAUGCAGCUGUGUUAAAACUCUGUGGCAGAGCUUUGCCGGCCUCGUGGUCCUACCCGGCUCGAGCGGGGAUUAGUCUGGGUGUGGAAUGGCUUAAAGGUGGCUCCUGUGCGUGCGCGGGCCUAUUUAGGACACCUCGUGACCCUUCAUUGUCUUGGAACAACUCUCAAAGUCAAGCUCUGACUAUCGAGAAAUGGUUGGUAACAGUCUUGGGGGUGUAUAGGCCAUACCGUCCAUCAGGAACCAGAGAGUUGUGUUCUUUCUUGGCCACGCAAGGCAUCAUCAACACUCUUCAUGUACACAAGACGCUGAUGAAGAGUCUGGCUCAAAACACGAGUUAUUCAAGGUGA